CAAAGGUGGUAAUCGAAUGAUGCACGUCUAAGCCUUGAAGUUUAAAGACAUACUUGUUAUAACAUCACACCCCUGUGCCGUACAAAACCCACCUCCCAGCUUGAGUCGAUCUGUCCUGAAAGUGUCGAGUUCGCCCAGAGGGGUGCGCUGCCAUGUUUGCGCCUGCAGUGCCAGAGAUCAUCGAAGAUGACGAUAUCGGACUGGCUGUCGACGCCCGAACAGAAAGUCUUCCUGCCUUGCGCGAAUUGGGACCUCCUGACCUCGUACACCUCGUCAAGCAAAGUGUAAAGGCUGGCGCGAAGCAGACGGGCGUGUAUCAUCAUGUUACCGGUGCCGAUGCCUCCUCUUCCGCAAGUCUCGCGGCCUAUGUCAAUACCUUGACUUUCAAUCCCGCAGAUAAGACACAUAAGGUGGUCUCGGGACUAUAUUGUUGUUACAAUGCAUUCUCACAUUUGGACAUGAGAGUAGAGGUCAAGAUUCCGGGAAGCGUUGAAAGCUACUGCGUUGACGAAAGAGGCGACAGGCGAGUUGCAACGGACGGUCUCUGGUUGGAAACAUUUCUGUGCGCAGUCCUACGAGCCUACUCCUACGCCGACGACGGCAGUGGAGACACAAUCAAGAAGAUCGUUGGGGUCAGAAGAUUCAACCCCAUCACAAGUACAGAGCAGGAACAUCGAUUUUUCGAGGCCGCUGAGAGACUGUUCUUCAGCGGACGACAGCUGGGGUCCGAUCCUGAAAUACAGAUCCCAAAUGUUGUGUCCAACCAUCUCACUGCAGGCUUGCUGAAAUACAUCAAAACUACCGGGCGAUAUACCUCUGGAAUCAACCUGUUCGAGAAGUUGCGAUCGAAGGACGUGGAGGUUUCCUCGCUACUCGCGCGAGUAUUGCUAGAAGGAGAUGAAGAAAUUCAAGCUGUGCGCCUCCUGCACGACGCACUACAAGACGUUCCCAUGGACUAUGCACUUCUAGAUUGUCAGGCAUCCUUCUGUCAGAGCAAAGGUGAAGGCGCAAUGGCACUCGAGUUGGCAAAGCAGGGCGUUACUGCCGCCCCGAGCGAGUUCAGCACUUGGGCCCGUCUGGCAGAGGUGUACGUCGACCUGGAACAGUGGGACCUGGCUCUUCUUACCCUCAAUUCUUGCCCUAUGUUUUCCUAUCAAGACAAAGAUUCGCCAAGAAUGCCAGAACCCAGCCGCGUACUUCUACCGAUUCUUCCAGAGAGCGCACUUGACGAGAUUGAUGAGGGUCAGCCGCGACAGGGAGAGCCAUUCGACCAAGUGCAUGUGUCACUGCGGAAGCUGCAAGCCGCCACCUACCAAGGAACCUUCUUGAAAGCAUACAGUAUUCUCACCAGGAUUGCGGCUUCAAUAGGAUGGGAUACUCUCUUGAAGACGCGAAGCCAUGUUUUUGUUAUGGAGGAAGAGUAUAGAUCAGAACGCCAGCACACCGUGGCGCUCAAAGCUCCCUCGAGCAAGAAUGCAAGCACCGUCGCCUUGUCGGGAACACCAAACGGUCAUGCCGAUGCCGGGAAAGCGGAAGAUUCAGAUGAAGACGAAUCCGAGAAUAACUCUGCUGCAGACGACGAGAAAACUCUUGCCGAGAAAGCGAACGGGUCUUCGGUCAAUGGCGGCUCAGAAGAGAACGCUGAGAUGAAAGCAGACCAGUCGAUGGAAAAGCCUGUACCGACAAUUGCAGCAGAAGAAGUCAAAUCUGGCAGCGACGAUCCUGAUCCAUCACACUCGCAAUACCCUGGCUUCCAAAAUAAGAGACUGUGCGAGCGCUGGCUUGACAACCUCUUUAUGGUCCUUUAUGAAGAUCUUCGUAUAUACACCAUAUGGCGCACGGAAAUGGGCCAAUACCGCCAGCAGCAAAUGCAAUACAAGAAAUCGGCCGCCGAGUGGGAAAUAUUGGGAGACCUCGCUGAACGAUUGCAUCAUACGAAUGAAGCCCUCGAAGCCUACCAACAAUGUUUGAAUAUCCGGUUCUCGCCCAAAUCCAUGAGAGGUAUUCUUCGCAUGUACGAGAAGAAGGGUGACACAAGAAAUAUUCUUGCCUGCUUAAUCCGUCUGAUCACUUGGCAAUAUAGGUGGUACUCGGAGUUCUCCCCUGAACUCUUUUAUUCUAUACGAAAACUUAUUGAAGAGGAGGGUGCUGUCAAGGUUCGCAGCAUUGUCCAGUCUACCAACCUGCCACAACAUGUGCUUGACCUAACUCACGAGUACUGUCAACUAUGUGUGGCUUUCAGGAGCAGUGGGACGGAGGGAUAGACGACGAGCUAGAGGAACUAGGACGAGCAUAAAAAACUUCCUGCUUUACUUUGGCCUGGACUCGAUCGGUUACUGCAAGCAGGCUUUCGAGCGAGCGCUGGCGUUGCUCUAUUUUAUGAGAUCAAUAUUCCGUACAUUCGGAUUUGGUGGCGCUGGGAUUUCCGCCCAGGGCAGGUGUGUCAAAGGUCAUGGCAAACACAGUGAAUACCAAUAAUCAAUUAUAA